AUGAAGGACCGGCCUCCUCCUUCUCCCUACGGCGCCGUUUACGUCCCUCCCCACCACCGCCUCCGCUCCGUCAUCACCUCCCCUAAUUACACCUCCGCCGCCUCAAUUGCCUCCAUGAAGAAGACUACUGCCCCCGCUUCCCUCAGCAAGGCUCGCUCCAAUGGCACUCGGGCCUACUACCAGACGCUGCCGCAGGAACAGCUCCGCAAGCCGGAGUUGCAGCGCGAUUCUGACGGCGCCGGCGGCGUCUCCGAUGAUGUCUCCGAUCGCGAUUAUAACAUGUCGUCGAAUCCGGUUGCUUCAGUCUCUGAUAACAUUGAUGAGUGGAAACGGAAGUUAACCAUGCUGUUACGUGACGACAAGAAGCAAGAGUUGGUUUCAAGGGAGAAAAAAGAUAGACGUGAUUUUGAUGACAUAGCCGCUUUGGCAAGCAGAAUGGGACUUUACAGCCAUCUGUAUGCAAAGGUUGCUGUAUUCAGUAAGGUACCCCUGCCAAACUACAGAUUUGAUCUCGAUGACCGGCGACCUCAAAGAGAGGUGAGCUUGCCUCUUGGGUUGCUGAGGAGAGUUGAGGCCUACCUUGGAGACUUCCUUUCUCAGAAGUCUAGAACUAAGGAAACCUUUCCAGAUGUUUCCUUUUCUAGAUCAAGCAGUAGUGGCAGUAUUGGUACUGAUGAAGGGCUCUUUGAGCAACCUGAACCAGUGGUAUCUAAUAAUGCUGUGAUGGAAAAAGUUCUUUGGAGGAGAAGCUUGCAGCUGCGGGAAAAGGAACAAGCUUGGCAGGAAUCUCGUGAAGGCAGAAAAGUUAUGGAACUUCGUAGAAGUCUCCCAGCUUAUAAAGAGAAGGAUGCUUUGUUGACAGCAAUUUCACGAAAUCAGGUUGUUAUCAUAUCAGGGGAAACAGGCUGCGGAAAGACCACCCAAAUUCCACAAUUCAUUUUAGAAUCUGAGAUAGAAGCUUCCCGUGGAGCUGUUUGUAGUAUCAUAUGUACACAGCCUAGGCGAAUAUCUGCUAUGUCUGUUUCUGAAAGAGUUGCUUCUGAGAGAGGGGAGAAGCUCGGUGAUUCAGUUGGAUAUAAGGUUCGGUUAGAGGGUAUGAAAGGGAAAGACACACGGCUUCUCUUCUGUACCACUGGCAUUUUGUUGAGAAGAUUGCUAGUCGAUGGAAGUUUGAAAGGUGUAACUCAUGUCAUUGUGGAUGAGAUUCAUGAACGCGGAAUGAAUGAAGAUUUUCUGCUUAUUGUUCUCAAGGAUCUCCUUCCUCGCCGGCCAGAACUGAGGUUGAUUCUGAUGAGUGCAACCCUAGAUGCUGAGCUUUUCUCAUCCUACUUUGGCAGGGCUCAGAUAAUUCAUGUUCCAGGUUUUACAUACCCUGUUCGAACUCAUUUUCUGGAAGAUGUUCUGGAAAGUACGGGUUGCAGGCUAACUCCAUACAAUCAGAUUGAUGAUUAUGGCCAAGAAAAGAUGUGGAAAAUGAGUAAACAGGCACCAAGAAAGAGGAAAAGUCAAAUUGCUUCUGUUGUUGAGGAUGCACUCAAGGCAGCUAACUUUAAAGGUUACAGUCCCCAGACUCGGGAAUCUCUAGCCUGUUGGAAUCCUGAUUGUAUCGGUUUUAAUCUCAUAGAGUAUCUCUUAUGCAAUAUCUGUGAGAAUGAAAGGCCUGGUGCCAUUCUAGUCUUUAUGACUGGGUGGGAUGACAUAAAUUCUCUGAAGGAAAAGUUGCAUGCAAAUCCUCUCUUAGGUGAUCCAAGCCGAGUCUUGUUGCUAGCAUGCCAUGGUUCCAUGGCCAGUUCUGAGCAGAGGUUAAUAUUUGAUGAGCCUGAAGAUGGAGUCAGAAAAAUAGUGCUGGCUACUAAUAUUGCUGAGACGAGUAUCACAAUUAAUGAUGUUGUUUUUGUUGUUGAUUGUGGAAAAGCAAAAGAGACUUCAUAUGAUGCACUGAAUAAUACUCCUUGUUUGCUUCCUUCCUGGAUAUCGAAGGUUUCUGCUCAACAGAGAAGAGGAAGAGCUGGGCGCGUUCAACCUGGGGAAUGUUAUCGUCUCUAUCCUAGAUGUGUGUAUGAUGCGUUUGCAGAAUAUCAAUUGCCGGAAAUCUUGAGGACACCUCUGCAGUCCCUUUGUCUGCAAAUCAAAAGUUUAAAAUUGGGAAGUAUUUCAGAGUUCUUAUCUAGGGCUCUACAGUCACCAGAGUUACUUGCGGUGAAAAAUGCCAUAGAGUAUUUAAAGAUCAUUGGGGCCUUGGAUGAAAACGAGAAUCUGACUAUUUUAGGACGCUAUCUAACUAUGCUUCCAGUGGAGCCAAAACUUGGAAAGAUGCUCUUGGUAGGUUGUAUCUUCAACUGCCUGGAUCCUGUUUUGACUGUUGUUUCCGGCCUUAGUGUGAGAGAUCCUUUCUUAACACCGUUUGACAAGAAAGAUCUUGCAGAGGCUGCAAAAUCUCAGUUUUCCCGAGACCACAGUGAUCACCUUGCACUUGUGCGUGCCUAUGAGGGCUGGAAAGUAGCUGAAAGAGACUUUGCUGGAUAUGACUACUGCUGGAAAAAUUUUCUUUCAGCACAAUCAAUGAAAGCUAUUGAUUCUCUCAGGAAAGAGUUCUUGUCUUUGCUAAGGGAUACUGAUCUUAUCGAUGCCAACACAGCUACCUAUAAUGUAUGGAGCUAUGAUGUUCAUCUUGUCCGUGCAGUUAUUUGCUAUGGCCUGUAUCCUGGAAUUUGCUCUGUUAUGCACAAUGAGAAGUCAUUUUCACUGAAAACUAUGGAGGAUGGUCAGGUGCUGCUAUACUCGAACUCUGUCAAUGCUCGGGAAUCUAAAAUUCCAUAUCCCUGGCUGGUUUUCAAUGAGAAGAUAAAGGUGAACUCCGUUUUUCUACGGGAUUCAACAGCUGUGUCUGAUUCAGUGCUCCUUCUAUUUGGUGGAAGUUUUUCAAAAGGGCAUAUUGAUGGACACUUGAAAAUGUUGGGUGGAUACUUAGAAUUUUUCAUGAAACCUGCUGUAGCAGAAAUGUAUCAAUGUAUAAGGACGGAACUUGAUGAGUUAAUUCAGACCAAACUACGGAACCCAAGGAUGGCCAUCCACAAAUAUCAUGAACUCCUUUCUGCAGUGCGGUUGCUGCUCUCCGAGGAUCAAGGUGAGGGUAGAUUUGUAUUUGGCCGCCAGGUCCAUACAUCCUUAAAAGCAUCUGUGGGGGUAGCUCAGCCAGGCUUGGUUUCAAGAACUGAAAGUGGACCUGGGGGUGAUAAUUCUAAGAGUCAGCUCCAGACAUUGCUCACAAGGGCAGGAUAUGCUCCGCCGACCUACAAAACUAAGCAACUAAAGAACUGUAAAUUCCAAUCUAGUGUGGAGUUCAAUGGAAUGCAGAUUAUGGGGCAGCCUUGUAAUAACAAGAAGAGUGCAGAAAAAGAUGCAGCAGCUGAGGCCAUUCAGUGGCUGGUGAGUGGUACACAAAUGGGCCAUGAGCACAUCAAUCACAUGUCAAUGAUGUUGAAGAAAAGCAGAAAAGGACCAUAAUAGAACUACAACGAGCCAGUUCUCCCAUAAAGGUUUUGUGAGAGGCAGCGGUCAGUGCUUUGUAAUGCCUUGAGAAUAAAUGUGGCCAAAAUGUCUGACUCACUCUACAUGCCUCGGAUGAGUAAAGCUUGGACAUCUUUAUCACUUAAAAGCCAAUACUUCUGGCCUCUUUUCACCCCCAUAAUGGAUUAGACAUCACCAGUAGCAUUUAAGAUGCCAAGUUUGUGGUUGGUUUUUGGACUUUUGGAUCAUCUGUUUCGGCACAUUGUCACUUUACAUCUGAGCUGAAGUUGAGGGGACUAGAAUUUGACCUAUUUUGUCCAUUCAGUGCUUUUGGGACACGAAAUUGAUGGUGACCAAGGCAGUCGAUCAAAAGGGAGAUGAAACUGUAGUUAGCAGUGACAAGGAGGAGCAUCAUACAUAUUGGCAUUCUGUACAAAUAGAAUUGUUUGGGCUAGUUAGUAGGCCUGUGUAGUUUAAGUGUACCACUAUUAGUCUCCUAUUGUCAAUGAGUAGCUCCUUGUAAAUUCCAGAAAGGACUCUGUUUUUGUUAACGAGGUAUGUUCUAUAUUUCGGAAGAAGAAAUGUCCUGGAUGGAUGCAGCCUAAUCUUUUCUCUGGUGUUUGCAGCUGCAAAGCGCCACAAAUACAGUCCGGCUGGUGCGGCAUCAUAUCCGAGCAAGCUCCGUGCUCCGGUAGUA